CUGUGGCUCAGCAGGUUGGUAGUGUUCUGCUGGCCUGGGGGCUACAGUCACAUAUGGGGUGGUUGGCUAGAUGUCAGCUGGGAUACCACUCUCUUCCCCGUAAUCUGUCAUCCUUUAGCGGGCUAACUUGGACUUGUUUUCAUGGCAGAGGCAGGAGUCCAAAGAGAGCAGAUGGGAGCAAAGCAUCUGCUAUGGUUUGGGUGUGCUGGAAGGUUCUGUUCUGGAAGCUUGAUCUCCAGUGGUGACCUUUGAGACGUGUGACCUUCUGGAGAGUAACUAGGGCUGGAAGGCUCUUGAGACAGCAAGGGAGGUGUCAGAACUUUCCAUUUAGAUCAGCAACUUCAACUUCUCACCAUGGACAAAUCUGAGAAGACCGACGUGGUUCUCCUCGCCUGUGGCUCCUUUAAUCCAAUCACCAACAUGCACCUCAGGUUGUUUGAGCUGGCCAGGGACUUCCUGAACGGAACAGGAAAAUACAGAGUUAUCAAAGGAAUAAUUUCUCCUGUUGGCGAUGCGUACAAGAAGAAAGGACUCAUCCCUGCCCACCACCGGGUCAUCAUGGCCGAACUUGCCACCAAGAAUUCAAACUGGGUGGAAGUGGACACGUGGGAAAGUCUUCAGAAGGAGUGGGUAGAGACUGUGAAAGUGCUGAGACACCAUCAGGAGAAGCUGGAGGCCAGCAAUUGUGAUCACCGACGGAACUCACCUGUGCUAGAAAGGUCUGGGCGGAAGAGGAAGUGGACUGAACAAAGACAGAAUUCUAGUCAAAAGAAAUCUCUAGAGCCAACACCAAAAGGUGUGCCAAAGGUGAAGUUGCUGUGUGGGGCAGAUUUACUAGAAUCCUUUGGGGUGCCCAAUUUGUGGAAGAGUGAGGACAUCACGCAAAUCGUGGCAGACUAUGGCCUCAUCUGUAUCACUCGGGCUGGGAGUGAUGCUCAGAAAUUCAUCUAUGAGUUGGAUGUGCUGUGGAAACAUCAAAGCAACAUCCACCUGGUAAACGAGUGGAUCACCAACGACAUCUCGUCCACGAAGAUCCGGAGAGCCCUCCGAAGGGGCCAGAGCAUUCGCUACCUGGUCCCAGAUCUUGUCCAAGAAUACAUUGAAAAUCAUAGUUUGUAUAGCUCUGAGAGUGAGGACAGAAAUGUGGGGGCAGUCUUGGCCCCUUUGCAGAGAAAUACUGCAGAAGCCAAGCCAUAGCGUCCUGCAGCAGGGAGGUUGGGACUGCUUUUUUGGAGGUCUGAAAUUAUCUGGGGGAGUAACUCAGAGAAGACAUGUGAUCCUGUUCCAUUAUCUAAAGCUUCAAAGUGUGAUAAACAUCAAUAGAAAAUUUAAAUGAGGUUUGACUUUUUUUCUGAUUGAAGUUACUAAAAUGAUUGGUUUUAUUAAGACUUUUUUUCCCCUCUCAAAGAAUGUACAAAUCACCGGGCGCUGGUUGCCCAUGCCUAUAAUCUUAGCGAAGCAGGAGGCUGAGAUCUGAGGAUUGGGGUUCAAAGCCAGCCUGGACAGAAAAGUUUGUAAGACUGUUAACUCCAGUGAUCAAUUUUAGCAGCUCAUUAAACAGAAUGAAUCUUAAUAGAAACUAAUCUCAAUUGAUAAAGGGCAUGAUGGCUCCACUACACAAGACUGCAAGGUCUGAACUAAGUAUAACUUUAGCCAGGCUCAGAAAUGCAUGCCUGUUGUCCCAGCUACUCUGGAUACUUAAAUGAAGGGUCACAAGCUCAGGAACUGGAGACCAGCCUGCACAGUAUACCCAAACCCCAAAUAAAAAACAAAACAAUGAUGAAAGGAGUGACAUCAAGCAAGAUGCAUUGUACUUAUAAACUGAUUUGUUGAAUGAUAACCCUUUGUACAGCUGCUUAAAGAUAAUAAAAAUAUAAUUACAAAAAAAAACCCUAGAAUUCUACUUCUGUUAUGAAGAGCAGUGAGAUUAUAUGCAGGCCUAAGGCUGUGACAUCUUCACCCAGGAUGGACAAAAGAA